CCCCAAACCUCCAGACUACAUCUCCCAGAGUGCCCCGCACGGCGCCGGCUUCCUGCGCCUCACGUGACGGCUUGCCGGGCGCGCCAUGGCGGAAGCUGAGGAGAAGGAAACCAGGUCUCAUGAAGAAUCAACAGAUGAAUCUGAGGAAGAUGAAAGUGAAGAAGAACCUAAGCUGAAGUAUGAACGGCUUUCUAAUGGAGUGACUGAAAUUCUCCAGAAAGAUGCAGCCAGCUGCAUGACAGUGCAUGAAAAGUUUUUGGCACUGGGAACACAUUACGGCAAGGUUUAUUUACUUGAUGUCCAAGGGAACAUCACCCAGAAGUUUGACGUUAGCCCAGUGAAGAUAAAUCAGAUCAGCCUGGAUGAAAGUGGAGAACACAUGGGUGUAUGCUCAGAAGAUGGCAAGGUGCAGGUGUUUGGAUUAUAUUCAGCAGAAGAGUUUCAUGAAACAUUUGACUGUCCUAUUAAAAUUGUUGCUGUUCAUCCUCACUUUGUAAGAUCUCACUUCAAGCAAUUUGUAACGGGAGGAAAAAAGUUGCUGUUAUAUGAGAGAGGUUGGAUGAAUAGAUGGAAGCCUUCAGUUUUACAUGAAGGAGAGGGAAAUAUAAGAAAUGUAAAAUGGAGAGGACACUUAAUUGCUUGGGCCAAUAAUAUGGGUGUGAAGAUACUUGACAUGAUCUCCAAGCAAAGAAUUACCAAUGUGCCUCGAGACGACAUAAGCCUUCGGCCAGAUAUGUAUCCCUGCAGCCUUUGCUGGAAGGAUAAUUUAACGCUGAUUAUUGGCUGGGGAAAUUCAGUAAAGGUUUGCUCAGUAAAGGAACGGCAUGCCAGUGAAAUGCGUGACCUUCCGAACCGCUAUGUGGAAAUAGUUUUCCAGUUCGAAACUGAAUUCCAUAUCAGUGGACUUGCACCUCUCUGUGACCAGCUGGUUGUACUUUCCUAUGUAAAGGAGAUUUCAGAAAAAACGGAAGUGGAAUGCUGUGCAAGACCUAGACUGGAUAUUGUACAACCCCUACCCGAGUCUUGUGAGGAGGUCUCUUCAGAUGCGCUAACAGUAAGAGGAUUUCAAGAAAACGAAUGUAGAGAUUAUCAUUUAGAGUAUUCGGAAGGUGAAUCACUUUUUUAUAUCAUCAGCCCAAGAGAUGUAGUCGUGGCUAAAGAACGGGACCAAGAUGACCACAUCGACUGGCUUCUUGAAAAGAAGAAAUAUGAAGAAGCUUUGAUGGCAGCUGAGAUAAGUCAGAAAACCAUAAAAAAACACAAGAUUUUGGACAUUGGUUUGGCCUAUAUAAAUCACCUAAUGGAAAAGGGAGAGUAUGAUCUGGCUGCUCGAAAGUGCCAGAAAAUUCUUGGCAAAAACACAGACCUGUGGGAAUUUGAAGUUUACAAGUUUAAAGAAAUAGGGCACCUUAAGGCAAUUAGUCGUUACUUACCCAGACGGGAUCCAGUUUUGAAACCUCUCAUCUAUGAAAUGGUCCUGCAUGAGUUUUUGGAAAGUGACUAUGAGGGGUUUGCAACCCUGAUAAAAGAGUGGCCUGGAGAUCUCUACAACAACACAAUCAUAGUUCAAGCUGUAGUGGACCACCUGAAGAAAGAUCCUCAGAACAGGACUUUGCUGAGAACGCUUGCAGAGUUGGGAUUUUCCUACAUUCAGAUAUGUGGAAUCAUAUGUAUCACAACAUCUUUUUUGAUCAGGUAUACUUAUGACCAACGCUAUGGAAGAGCCCUAGAAAUUUACCUAACUCUGAGGCACAAAGAUGUCUUCCAGUUAAUCCACAAGCACAAUCUUUUCAGUUCUAUCAGAGACAAGAUUGUUCUGCUCAUGGAUUUUGAUGCAGAGAAAGCAGUAGACAUGCUUCUGGAUAAUGAAGAUAAAAUUUCUAUUGACAGAGUCGUUGAAGAACUAGAAAACAGGCCUGAACUACAGCAUGUGUAUUUGCACAAGCUUUUCAAAAGAGACCACCAUAAAGGACAACGAUAUCAUGAGAAACAGAUCAGCCUUUAUGCUGAAUAUGAUCGUCCAAAUUUACUACCAUUUCUCAGAGACAGCACACACUGCCCUCUAGAAAAGGCUCUUGAGAUCUGCCAACAGAGGAACUUUGUAGAAGAGACGGUCUAUCUUCUGAGCAGAAUGGGUAACAGCCGCAGUGCCUUGAAGAUGAUAAUGGAAGAACUGCAUGAUGUGGAUAAGGCUAUUGAAUUUGCCAAGGAGCAAGAUGACGGAGAACUUUGGGAAGACCUCAUCUUAUAUUCUAUUGACAAACCACCUUUUAUUACUGGUUUGUUGAACAAUAUUGGAACACAUGUUGAUCCCAUUCUUUUGAUCCACCGAAUUAAGGAAGGCAUGGAGAUUCCUAAUUUGAGAGACUCGCUAGUGAAAAUUCUUCAGGACUACAACUUGCAGAUCCUGCUGCGGGAAGGUUGCAAGAAGAUCCUUGUUGCUGACUCUCUUUCCUUGCUGAAGAAAAUGCAUCGAACUCAGAUGAAGGGUGUUCUAGUGGAUGAGGAGAAUAUCUGUGAAUCAUGCCUUUCUCCAAUACUUCCUUCAGAUGCAUCCAAGUCCUUCAAUGUGGUAGUGUUCCACUGCAGACACAUGUUUCACAAAGAGUGUCUCCCAGUAGCCAACACAGUCUCUCCUGUUCAGUUCUGCAAUAUCUGCAGUGCCAAACACAGAGGGCCAGGAAGUGCAAUCCUGGAGAUGAAGAAAUAAGAGUUCUCCAACUCUCCAAGCCAGUCUGUGACACCACUUCUAUUAGGGUCACACCGGGCCUUUGUAUUUUCUGCUAGUCAUCAUAGUUGCUGUAUAUAAUUCUGACUGGGAUUUAAAAAUGGUCUCUUUAAGUUAUCUCCCCCUUACUGAGCAUUUUUUUGGAAAGAGAAAAUUGAGAUCCCUAGUAAUUCUGUGUUAUGCAAUUCAUAUUUUGCUGUUCCUCUGCUCAGGUUGUUCUUUACUUAACACAGAAAACAGAAAAGGUAAAUAAAACAGGGGAAAAAAACAGUUUGGAAAUUUGUGAUUGGCAUCAGUUAACAUGCUUCACAAUCUGGAGCCAUUAUCAGGGUCAUGGUUAAAUAUUGUAGGUAAAGAUGAAUUCAGCUCACCAAACUACUUAGUCUUGUUUCAGUCUAUUACUGGACUGUUUAACUUGAGACCCAUGAGGAGUCUGACUGCUUUCAGGGGAAUUGCUUCCGGACUUGAAGCUACCUGUAUGCUCAAUCACAUAUUUAAUCAGCAAGUUCACUAACUGUUAAUUCCACACAUUGGGAAUGUACCUUGGCUGUAUGGUUACACAUUCGUAAUUUGUUAGAAACUGGUUACUUUGUCAGUUGAUCUUCAUAGUGCAGCAUGUAAACAGGUGGGAUUUUCUUAUGUUAAGUCUACCCUGAAACUUUAAAUUUAAAUGCUGGCAGUAGGUCUUUAUACUUCUAAGCAUAGUUGUAGUAUAUGACUUCAUUUAAGUGCAGAUAAAACAUCUGGGCUUUGAAAAAUAAGCUCUCCAAGAGUUUCUGUAGACAUUAGGAACUUAAAAGAGAACAGUCAAAUAAGCCUACUUGGUUGUAAACAAAAAACACAUUUAUUUUUAGUUUGGCCAGUGUUCUAUGAUGCAAAGGAGUUGAUCUUUCAGAAUUUCUUCAUAGUGGUGAAAUCUCUCUCUGAUGUUCUCUGAAAUUAAAUAUAAGCACCUCUUCCCAAGGAAGUCAUGUUUCAGAACUGCCAAGGUACUUUGCCUUUUUUUAAUAGCUGAAGUUUGAAAGGAAAAAUGCAUUGUUCCAACAGAAAAUCGUGAGAUUUACACAAGUAGUUAACAUCACAAGUUUUGAAACAACAGUAUAGUAAUACUGCAGUGUAUCUCUAAAACUGGAAAAUGUAGCACUUCACAGUUCUUCUAUACCUCGCUCGCAUGUAGGUACACCUUCAAAUAAUCUAUGUCAUAGAAAGCUGGGUUUCCAGCUUGUGUAAAUUCAUGCUAUUCUACUGAUAUCAUCCAGGCAUUCAGCAGAGCUGGUCUAGUAAUCCAGUACAUGAUUUUGUAGUCCUCUGUGUAUAUCUGUAUAAUUGAUACUGGAAUAAAAUAUUAAGUGUAGUAGAAAUACUAGGUUUUACUUUGUAUAGUUACAGAGGACAAAGCUGUCAGUAAAAGGGUGGAUCUCUCAAGUACACAGCCUUAUUCUAUUAUGAUAACACAUCUAAGAAAAAAUAAGAGAUAGUGCACAUUAAUUGUGGAUUUGCAGUAGAUUAAAUGAGAAGACGACCAGAGCAGGAGCUUUGUAGUGCAGGCGACAGUCUGCUUACAUCAGGCUUCACUCAUAAGAAUUGCACCUUCGCUCUGUAGCAGUUCAUUUGCAGUGGCUUGUACACAUUUUUAGGUAUAUUGUUCAUAUAUUUCUUCUUUACCACAUUUAUUGGAAAAGUAGCUUCUGAUUUUUUCAAAACUAAAUACUCCAGUAAGUUCAAGAGUUGUUUAAUCAUGAUAUUUGAGUGAUUGCAUGCCAGUAGACAAGUUCAGAAACUCCUUUAAAAAAAAAUCUCCUUUCUAGCUGUAGGAAGCUUUUCUAUACUAUACCUUAAGAACGAACUCUGCAAUGUAAUAAGCGGUCUGCUUGCAGAGGAGAAAGGUUAAUUAGGAACCAUUUCCUCUGCUCUUUUACAGUUAUGCCACAGGUGUUCUGAAGCUCAGAGUUAAAUGAUAAUUAAAAACAAAAUGAUUUUUUUACUUCAA